AUGAAAGCAGGAGCGCCGCCAAAGACUCCCACAACGACUACCACUACCAGCGCUAGCGAAGCAGUAGAGCCCUCUCCAGUCUCAAGGGAAACCGUCGUGACAGCUCCUGCCGUUGACACCACCCCCAGCACUUCUCCUGCAUUUGGACCCAGCUCAAAGACGCCGUCUCGCAGAGUAUUGCGACUCAAGUGUCCGGUAUGCUCCGACUAUCCCGACGGCUUCCGCAGCGAGCAUGAGCUGCGGCGCCAUACCAACCGCGUCCAUAAGAAGGUGCGCAAGGUCUGGGUGACCAUUGACACCUCGCCGGAUAAGUCAUUCCUCGCAAACUGCAAAGCCUGCCAGACUGGAAAACGAUAUAAUGAAUGCUACAAUGCCGCAAGCCACCUCCGGCGCAUGCAUUUCCAUCCCCAUAAACGUGGUGAGAGAAAAAUGACGGCAGCAGAAGCUCGACGCGGCGGUAAGCCUGGCGACUUGGACCCUCCCAUGGACGUACUAAAAGCAAAUUGGCUACGAGAGGUGGACGAGGUAUUGGACGAUGGAAAUGAGCCAGCUGAGGAAGACGCUCCCAACGCAUCCUUGUCACCGCCCCAGAUGGUGUCGCCGCAGCCGCAGCAACAGUCCGCGUCCAACAAGUCGGAUGGUCAAGCACCACCUACGCCAACUACGCCCUCCACUCGAUCAAUGGCGAUAGACAGCAUCGUGGAUAAGGUGGACGCAUCCUGA